UUCUGAAAUGUCAGAAAAUAAAAUGAGAAAAAGAAAGACUCUCGACUUUUCUAUCGACUCAAUUUUGGAAACAAAAAUACCGCGAAAUAUCCCUAUUAUGGAAAGAAACAUUCAAUCUUCACAAGAUGAAAGGCUUUAUUGGACACUAGAAAAGGCAGAAAUACGUCUGGAAGGAGUACAACUAUGGCGGCGUUUUAACUCUCUGGGUACCGAAAUGAUUGUGACUAGAAGUGGCCGAAGAAUGUUUCCCACACUACAAUGUUCUCUAUAUGGAUUAGUACCGAGUCUAAAUUAUUCACUAAUGGUAGAUUUUCAAUGCACUGACCAGAAACGAUACCGGUAA